CCUCCAUUCCAUACAUACUUCCAACUCACUAGUCAACACCUCAUUAAUCAACACCUCAUUCAGGGACACCGCACAUCCACCAUACACUAUCCAGAGAUGACCGUCUUCCUAGCAAGCGGGGCGUGGGAGCUUGUCUAUACAGGUUUGCUUCACACGAGAAGUGAUUCCCCUCACCUCUUGCAACCCGUCUACCACUCAAGAUAUAGCUUCAGCGGCUUCAUCGACCAACGAUAUUGAUUGUAUGCCCCCUCCUCAAGAUCGAGCAUGGCAAACUCAAAGAUCUGCACAUCGAGCACUCAAUUUGAUUCUCAGAGAUGGAGCUGAGGCUUUCUCCUACCGCAAGCCAGGGGAGGCAGCUCCACAGACAUCGAUGGAACGCAUCACAAGACUUCCUAGCGCAACAUCGAAGCAGAGAUGAAGCAAACUUAUGCCAUCGAAUGUCAGAGCCUUCGACGGUGUCACACCGCCAUGCCCGUGCCUGCAACGAGGUCGAGAGUAUCGUCGAGUACACUAUGGACAAGAUGAAGAAGAUGGGCGAGGCGUUACCACUGCUCACUGAUGAGGAGAUGGUCGCGGCAGUGAUUGCCGGCCUCCCACCUCGGUCUGCGCUGCUGGUGGGGAGAGAAGACGGCUCUUGGCCGCUGCGCUCUGAGCUUCUGGACGUCCUGCAGAGGCAGGAAGCUCGUUUGGUCACAGCCAAAGCAGAAUUCGCUUAUGUCGAUAGCCUUCUAAUUGUCAAGGCUAUACCUCACUGCCUGAAGAAGCUGGCUGCUCAGUGGUGACGCUCACAGUGAGGUACUCAGAGGAACUCUCCGAGAUCUCGACGGGAGAGAGGGAGAGCUCCUUAGCAUCUUCAGUCCACACUGGGACCUCAUUCAGCUCAGGGCGAAAGC